AUGGCUCUGAAGCCCAACCUCGCGAGCCAAAUUGGCGCCGCGCUUGCCGCCAUCGCGGAGCCUGAACCACUCGACCCGAUCUUGAACUGCGAUCUCGAGAGCGGUGAAGGCCUUCGUGCCCUACUGUUCAACACACCCUCCAAAGCUUUGGAAAUCGCUGACGCCAAGCUACGUGUGUUCCCCUUCAGCGAUGUUCAAGACUGCUGGCGCCGCCUGUUCACCGAUGCCUCCAUUGUCCAGGCAUGCUACGUUGUCAUCCAGGAAUGCAAGCUGAGGGAGCUUCCCACCGAUGACCUUGACGAGUCUCGACUGACCAAGGAGCUUCUUGAGCAUCUUGGCGAGUCGGAUCAGGAUGUCCGAAUCGACAUUCGGUCUCCGUGGUUGACACAGGUCAUCCACACACUUGAUAAGGCACUGAUCAUUAGCGGUGCGCCGAUGCGCGAGUUCACCAUUGAGUCCCUGUUGUUGUCCCUCCAAGAGGCUACCAACUGGGAGGAUGAGCUCAAAGACGAUCUCAUAGAACGCGACCAGCCUUCUACUAAGCGCAGAAGAUUCAUAUCGCCCAUGUUCCCUCCGAACGCCCUCCCGGACCCCCGCCUUCAGUACCCGGUGCCCCGCGUGCAAGAGCAAUCCUUUGAGAACAUGGAGAAACACAUCCAGGAGACGCGCGCGCCUCUCGUCAUUGAAAAUGCCGUGAGCCAUUGGCCCGCUAUGUCGACACGCCCUUGGGCGUCCCGGGACUAUUGGUACAAGCGUACCUUUGGCGGCCGCCGCCUUGUUCCUGUCGAGAUUGGCAGGGAUUACACCGACUCGGAGUGGGGACAGCAAAUGAUGCAGUUCAAAGAUUUCGUCGAUCAUUACGUUUGGCAGGAUGAUUCUUUCUCUGGCAGUGACGAAGAGGACAACAUCGGCGUGACACGACCCACUGGAUACCUGGCUCAGCAUGAUUUGCUCGCUCAGAUUCCUGCUCUGCGAAAGGAUAUUGCUAUUCCCGAAGCUUGCUUUAUUUCUCCCCCCAGGCCCGGAGCCUGCCGUGAAGAGGCCCAGGCUAAGAAAGUCGAGGCAUCCUUCAAGUCGAAUGUACCUUCCAUCGAAGAUUCCCAAACUGAAGGUGCCCGGGAUCCUAAGGAAGGUCAUCAUGCCGAUGGCAGCGUAUCGGACACAGGCUCUAUGAUAAAUGUCCCCGUGGACCCGAUCAUCAACACCUGGAUCGGUCCUGUAUCGACAAUUUCGCCUCUUCAUCAUGACCCUUACCACAACAUUCUCGUGCAGGUUGUUGGAACAAAGUAUAUUCGUCUCUACUCUCCGCAGACCCCGGCGUCGAAAAUCCACCCUCGAGGCAAGGAAAUGGUGCCUUCCGGUGACCCAGGAGAGGAGGACCCUAUCAAGAACGGCAAUCUGAUAGAUAUGUCCAACACAUCCGAGGUGGACAUUGCUGCCAUUGAGCAGUCUCCUGCCGAGGACUGGGAUGAAAGGUGGCCUGGUUUCCAAGACGCCGAGUACGUCGAGGUCAUUUUGCAUGAGGGCGAAUGCCUUUACAUCCCUAUCGGAUGGUGGCAUUAUGUCCGUGGACUGCGCGCUGGAGUCAGCGUGAGCUUCUGGUGGAAGUAA